CUUUUUUCACAAUAUCUUGUCUUGAUCCUAUCCUCUGCUCUUCCUCGAUCUGCGCAACGUUCUCUCUAUUACUUCAAACUCCAUAAUCAUCUCUCGAUUAACCCCUCUUCGUCAAUUUUCCUCUCAGACCAAUCUUGCUUCAGCAUCCAUCGUGUGAUUUUUGUUUAAAAACAGAGAUUUUUCUCUGUGUGUGGCAAUCAAACGACGAUGGAUGGUACUGAAAAGGAUGUGGAGAAUAAACAAUAUCGUUUGCCUCGAGAAGUCAAGGAAGCUUUACAAGCAAUAGCAUCAGAGUGGGAAGAUGUGAUUGAUUCAAAGGCUCUGCAAGUUAUUCCAUUAAAAGGUGCAAUGACUAAUGAGGUCUUUCAGAUCAAAUGGCCAACUAGGGAAAAAGGUCCUUCUCGUAAGGUUUUGGUUAGGAUUUAUGGUGAAGGUGUUGAGAUUUUCUUUGAUCGUGAGGAUGAGAUCAGGACAUUUGAGUUUAUGUCAAAGCAUGGUCAUGGACCAUUGUUGUUAGGACGGUUUGGCAAUGGUCGUAUCGAAGAGUUCCUCCAUGCACGGACCCUAUCUGCUUGUGACUUGCGUGAUCCUGAAAUAUCUGGUCGAAUAGCAACUAGGAUGAAGGAGUUUCACGGUCUUGAAAUGCCUGGUGUGAAGAAGGCUUUACUUUGGGACAGAUUACGAAAUUGGCUCACUGCAUGCAAGAGACUGGCUUCACCAGAAGAAGCUAACUCUUUUCGUCUCGAUGUUAUGGAGAUGGAAAUUCAUUUGCUUGAGAAAUCUCUCUUUAACAAUGAUGAAAAUAUUGGAUUUUGCCACAAUGAUUUACAGUAUGGAAACAUAAUGAUGGAUGAAGAAACCAAAGCAAUCACCAUCAUUGAUUAUGAAUAUUCAUGCUACAAUCCUGUGGCUUAUGACAUUGCCAAUCACUUCUGUGAGAUGGCUGCCGAUUACCACACUGAAACACCUCACAUCAUGGAUUAUAGUAAAUACCCUGGUGUGGAGGAGCGACAAAGAUUUCUGAAAACAUAUUUGAGUUAUUCAGGUGAAGAGCCCAGCAAUACUAUGGUCGAAAAACUCCUAGAAGACGUUGAGAAAUAUACGCUUGCUAGUCAUCUAACUUGGGGUCUAUGGGGAAUUAUAUCGGAACAUGUAAAUGAAAUCGACUUCGACUACAUGGAGUACGCAAGACAAAGGUUUGAGCAGUAUUGGUUAACAAAGCCGAGGCUCCUUGAGGCUUCCGAACACAAGUAAUUUCUAUGGACCCAAUCCAAGAAGAGCAUUUUUACGGUGGUAAAGAGGUAUAUACACACAAAAAGGUGCUAGAUACAAUGAUAUUUACCAACUUCAAAAAAUAAGAAAAUGUAUCGUUUUCUGUUUUACCUUUUUACAAGGCAAAGUGUAAUGGUCAGUAGUUUAUAAUCAACAGUCGAAUUUGUUUCAGAUGAAAUGUAGUUCGCACAACUUGAAUCACAUUUAUUUUUUCUUCGCC